AUGUCCUGUUCAUUUGAAAAUUGCAAAGUUCGCAAUGAGGACCGCCUUUUAGUAUGCUGGAUGUGUGAUACACUUGUCCAUUUCCAGUGUGCCGGAUUUAAAGGAAGGGAUUACGAUAGGAUCAUUGAUAGGUCGAAUGGACUCAGGUGGUCCUGCAGUAAAUGUAGAACGUUUGAUGUCAAUUUCCAUAAACUUUUUAGCGAUGCUAAGGCAGGAUUUUCUGACAUCAUUAGGGACUUUUCCAUACUAAAUGAUAAACAUAAAAAAGUUGAAGACCUUUUUACUAACUUCGAUCUUUCGCAAUUAGCGGGAGUUUCCCCAAAAAGGAAGAAAACUUCAUCGAGGUUGAAUGUGGAAAUAUACCGUUCCCCGGUGACUCCUGUUUCUUUCGAGUCCAUUAGGGUUGGACCAACUGUUGAACCUGGAGAUAUUCCAUCCAUUUCUAUUACUGGAGAUUUAAUCGUUGUACCACCGCGUAAGACAGUCUUUUUAUCAAGAUUUGAUCCUGAUACUACCGUCGAGGCUUUAGUUAAAUUUAUUAAAAAUCAUAGUAAAGGUUUUAAUGAUUCGGAUUUUAUUGUUCAGAAAUUUAAAUUUUCUCAGCCUAGGGAUAUAUCAUCUUUUAAGAUUAUAGCUCCCAUAAAGUUAUUUGACAUAUUAGUAGACAAAUCUAUCUGGCCUGAUGGUGCCCUAGUUAGGGAAUUUAUUCAUAGAGAUAGACCGAGAACUAAUAGAGUGGCUACCUUAUCAAAAAACUAA